GUAAAAAGGACGGUUUAAGGAAUUGGGAUUAUUAAGAAGGUCGGUUUAGUGGGUCUUCCUCACUUACUCUGUAUGCACACCUCUGGCCUCUAAAGGAGGGACAGAGUGUGUAGAAGUGAAACAGAGACUGUAAAGUGGAGGCAGUGAGCUGAGUGUAGAGAAGCAACAAAAUGUCUAUGAAAAGUAGAGGAGUGUUUGCUAAGAAUUUUAUGCCUAGGAACUGGACUCUUUUGCUGUGCUUGGGCAGCUUCUGUGCUGGAAUGCUCUUCACCAACAGGAUGUGGAUGGUGCCUGAGGAUAAAGGUAUUGUAAAGACAUCUACACUUGAAGAUGCCCAAACAGACUUAAAAUUUGAGGACGGUGAUCCGAAACUUAAGGUUGUACAGCGCAGCAGCAAUGAAAGUAUAGGGACACUGGAUAAGACAAUACCAAAAUUGGAGAUGAAAUUAACUGAAGCUAGGGAAGCACAUGAAUCUGUAAUGGAUGGCUUUCCUAUAUCAGAAAACUUGAAGAAGGAUGAAACAAAUAUGAAAAGAAAAUACUUUAUGGUCAUAGGAAUCAAUACAGCUUUUAGUAGCCGAAAACGAAGAGAUUCUGUUCGUGCGACUUGGAUGCCACAAGGUGACAAGAGAAAGAAAUUGGAGGAGAAGGGCAUAGUGAUACACUUUGUUAUAGGUCACAGUUCAACACCUGGUGGUAUUCUUGAUAAAGCAGUUGAAGCAGAGGAAAUGAUGCAUGGAGACUUCUUGCGGCUGCAGGACCAUGUUGAGGGCUACAUGGAAUUAUCAGCCAAAACGAAGACUUAUUUUUCAACUGCUGUUGCCUUGUGGGAUGCAGAAUUUUACAUUAAAGUUGAUGAUGAUGUUCAUGUAAAUUUAGCUACACUUGGAACAACUCUAUCUGGACAUCGUAUGAAACCUCGGGUUUAUAUUGGCUGCAUGAAGUCUGGUCCUGUCCUUGCUCGAAAGGGAGUGAAAUACCAUGAACCCCAGUAUUGGAAAUUUGGUGAGGUGGGAAACCACUAUUUCCGUCAUGCUACAGGACAAUUAUAUGCUAUCUCAAAAGAUGUGGCUACUUAUAUAUCAACAAACCAGCAUAUACUGCACAAAUAUGCCAAUGAAGAUGUUUCAUUGGGAUCAUGGUUAAUUGGUUUAGAUGUGGAGCAUGUGGACGAGAGGAGACUUUGUUGUGGCACCCCACCUGAUUGUGAGUGGAAGGCGCAGGCAGGCAACAUCUGUGUUGCUUCAUUUGAUUGGAAAUGCAGCGGGAUUUGCAAGUCUGUUGAGAGGAUGGCAGAUGUUCACCAGCGGUGUGGUGAGGAUGAGAAUGCUCUAUGGAGUGCAGGCUUCUGAGAGACAGGCAGCUGUUCCUCCAAACUCAGGAAGGAUAUACAGAUAACUGAAGAGGCAAGCAUUCGAAUGCGCCUUUUCUGGUCAACAUCUACAUGUUUUUUAAGUAUAGAGGAUAUAUGUGCAAUUAUGCACUACCAGCAUAGGAUAUCAUAAUUAAGGAGAAUAGAGAAGCCUUGCUGCUUGGGGCCCUUCUGCAUUUUAGUGGAUGAGAUCAACUCCUAUAGCGGCCAGAGAAUGAAUAGACUGUGACAACCCAUUCUUUAUAUGGUGGGAGGGCUUCAUUGUAAGUUCUGCCAUGGCCAUUGAGCUUAAUAAUAUGUAAUAAUUUUUGUGAACAACUUUUGCUGCUUUUUGCUCAAUAUAUAAUAUAUUUUGAGUUAA